AUGCAAUUCAAGACCAUUGUCGCCGCCUUCGCCACUGUCGCUGCUGUCCAAGCCGCUAACGUUUCUAACGUUUCUUCUAACGCUACCAACGCCACCAACGGUUCUAAAGGUACCACCACCAAGAUCUCCACUGGUGCUGCCGCUUCCAACACUCUAAGUGCUGGUAUCUUCGGUGCCGCCAUUGCUGCCGGUGUUGCUUUCUUAUUCUAA